ACUUUUUUCGUGCAUGGUUGAGCAGCUCCCUGGCCUGGCAGUUCUCGGGACAAGAAAGUAAGCUUUUUCUGGUUGUUAACAGCGUAGAAAUAAUCCAAACACGAGCAACGGUUACGAUUCUGGUGUCGUAAAAAAGAGGUGUGUCUUCACUUUUCCGGAAGUGCGCAGCGGAAGCCUUAAAAUGGCCUCCCUCAAGGAUUGGGACAUUAUCAAAUUGACGACCCUGAUCACCAAUGUGGACGCCAAACUAUCGACCAGCACCAAAGCGGAUCAACCGUUCCAGAUCGUGUGUCUGGUUCGGAGGAACGAUCAGAUUCUGUUCCGCUACAUGGACUCCACCGGUGAGGUGCACCUGAUGCUGAUCUGUUGGUUCGCGGACAACCGCAAGUGCAUCCAGGACGUGUGCUUCGAUGCGACCGGAAGUUGGCUGUUGGUUUUCUGUUACGACAACACGCUGCACAUUGUACCAGCAGCCUCGAUUUGUGACAAAACGUUGCAGCUAGAUGCCACCUUCAAUCGGGACGAGAUUACCUCCUUCAUAGUGCCCUUCAUAGGUCCCCACGAAUGUCCGAACCCGCAGACGUGUCCUAACAAUUCGCACAACUUUAGCACCAGCACUUCCCACCGAUCUUCGCUAGUAUCGGAAACGAGCACCAAAUCGAGCCUCAGCUCGUCAGAUCUCGCCAACCUGGCCAACCAAUCGCUUUCGACAAUCAAACGUUCGGAAUCGUCCUACACGACCCACAAAAUCGACGAAGUGUUCUCGUUGAACACGAUCUACAACCAGCUGCACGAUCAGCAGCAGCAAAGUCAAAGCCAAACAAAGCCUUCGAAGGCAAAGAAGGGUGAAACGCCGAUUGCGAUGAAGACCAUCGAAGACUUUUUCGCCGAAGGUGCUGUAGGAUCGCUCGGUGUCCCAGGAGGAAGCGGAACCAAGGCUUCUACUCCCCAGGAAUGCUUCAGCCGCACUAUCAGUUCCAGUAUAGAAUCGACCGUUUCGGCUUCAUGUCCGUAUCCGACUUGCUGCAGCUGGUGGAAAACGCUGAGCGAUGAGCCUAGGGCAAUUCUGGGCUACUCGGAUGGGUCGAUUUGUGUUGUGGCCCUCACGCCCAACUGUCCCUUUCUUGGCAACACGAACUGUGAGCGAGGUUCCAUCGAGAAGCUUGUCAUCUGCCAGGACAAUAGCAUGGAAACCAUCAGUCUGAUGAUCAAUACCAGCACCAGGGAACAGUGGAAACUGCUGCUGGAGCAAAAAUCUAUCAAAUACACUUUCCCAGGGGACAUUUCACCUACAAGCAGUAGUCAGGAUUUGAAAGUGGACCAACAAAGGUCCGGCGGCAUGGCUGCCAGCGCUGCCACAGGAGAUGCUUCGGAGCGAUCGUCAUCCGUUGAUCUUGAAACUCGGAUCGACGAUUGGCAAAUUGUCCUAUCGCUACCGGGUACUUCCGAUCAGCAGGAUCCGGAAAAGGGGUCCAGUCCAGGAUCGGAACAACAUUCGAGUGAUGAUUUUGAGAAGGUUGAAGGGGAAGGAACCGUCGAAGAUAGGAAAGAUAUAUCACCAGGUGGGCUGCCAAAGCUGUUUCCCGCAGCUAGAGCGAGGUUGCAGUCACUACGCGAUCUAGGUGCCAAAAAGAUCGGUACCUUGAAGCUGAAACUCUCGGAAAGUCGAAUAAAGGCCAAGGAACGAGAGCGAUUCAAAGAACAGGCAGCAAAUUUGGCUGUGAUGGAGCUUCCGGGAAUGUAUCCGGAAAUUUUGACCACGCCAGCCGGGCCCUACUUUGUGGUGCAGUAUCUGGAGGGCAGAUAUUUGCUCAGUGCCUUGCACGCGUACUCGGAUACACUGUCGGUGCAUAGUAUGGAUAUCAGCUUAAUACCGUUACACAUUUACAAGGUUCCAAAGCAGUGUAAAUCCACAGUAUUGACGAGGAAUGUAAUUUAUGUGAUGCAUCACUUGAGCUUGGCUUCCGAAAAAAAUACCGAAAGCGCCAAUUCUUCGCCUGAUGCUGUGGAAGAGAAUGCAAUACAGAUAAGCACCGAAAGCAGUAGCAUCGAGAACCUAAACAACUCCCAGCAGGAUGAUCAGGAAGACGAUCUUUCGACGGAGACGACUAAUUCGGAAACUGUCAACGCGCUAUCCGUGGUAAGCUGCCAGAUGGCUGCAAUGAAAAUGGGAGACGAUUGUGAUUUCAAUGAACAUGCCAUGUUAGCGAUGUUCCAGUUUCCGGAUCAAAAAAUCCUGGACAUUCAUCGAGUUACUCCAACUGAUGAUAUCCCAGUAAAUACAACUGACGCUGAGUCUCCAACAAACCCACCAGAGGAGCAGGCCGAUGCACGAUCGGUGUUUCAGAAUCCGUCCGUUUCAAAUUAUCUGCGAAUGCAACGGACCCUAAGGAUGGACAAAAAGCUGGAUACUCUUGAAAGUCAGGUAAUGGUAGCCGAGUUUCCCAAAGUAGAGUUUGACAAAGCUCUCGUAGUGACAGAUAAAAAUCUGUACACGGUCGAGUUGAAUGGUACGGCACGAAAUUUGUUCUUGAGGCUAGCUCAUAAAUCUAUCUGGGCAGCGUGCGAAGAUUUCUGUACAACCUUUGGACUGCCGCUGGCAAGCUGCGUCGAAUAUGCCGGAGAUGUUUUGCUCCGGCGCCGUAAAAUUACCGAAGCCCUCAUGACCUACGGCGUUGCAAGGCUUCCUCCGAUGAAAACCGCCCUCAAGCUUGCGAUGGUAAAUGAAAAUGGAGCUCUCAUGAAACUCUGCUCGAUGGCACUGAGAAACUCGCACAUCAUCAAUAGCCAGUUUGUGAUGCAUGAUGUCAUGAAGAUUUUAGUCGAGGAAGCACAUCUCGGAAAUGUGGUGUACGAUUCACUGAUGAAUCUCAACUCUAACUUUUCCCUGAAACCCAUCAACUCCGGAGCCCAGUGUAGUGACUACUCGUAUGAUAGUACUGGCGUACCGUGGGAUGUUCAGAUUUCAACCACAGCUCAGUUUCACCUGUCAAACCUUAUGUUCCUGACCCUGUGUGAACGGUGUGUUCGGGAUAAAAACUACAUCCCCCUGUGGAACUUCAUAGUGACCAACAGCAAAUACCACACCAGUCUGGCGUGCAUCAUUCUCGCCCAUGGGAAACUGUAUUCAUCGGCUGUUCUGCUGGCAAUGACCCGCGGGACCUGUCUGGACGUUUUCAGCUGUCUCAUCGGCAUUUGGGAACAGCUCGCCGACAGCGUACCCGAGCUCAAUGCCUACGUCUACAAUCUCUCAAACGAACUGUUCAUGGAAAGUCUCAUCUAUCUGCAAGAAUACACUAUGGAAUACUUUGCCAUGAUCCGUAAAUGUAUCGACAAGUUUGACAUCAACGUUCUAGAACGCCUGAUACGCCAACUGAACCCGUUCCACCCUAUCUAUCGUCCACUGUUGCACAAACUAUCAAACCACGACAGCGCAGCUCGGGAACUAGAUAAAGCUCUGCUAAUGUUCUGCAAAUCGUUGAUCGAAACGUUCCUAGCGGUUUCCAUCCGAGCUCAGAUGCUUAAGGUUCACAGUGGAACCAAUUUUCUCAACGCGCUAACGCUGAUUCGGGUGCACUACGACGAGCGAUUGGUGGAGAUGAAGUUGCGCCAGUAUUCACCGCUGUCGGCCGGUUUUUCCCAUGCCGGUUGCGUCGUCAACCGGGUAGCUUAUCUCUGGGGAUCGAACGGAGUAAACUGUGCCCUGAGUCGUACAUCGCUGCAGGGAGAUCCACUGGGGGCCAAUGGGUUGCCACCGCAUGCCGCCUUUCUGAAGCAGCUGGAUCUGGAAGUGGUUAGUGUGCAGUGCGGUCGUUUGCAUACUUUGCUGCUUACCAACAAUGGGGUCUACUCGAUGGGUGCCAACAAUCUCGGUCAGCUGGGCAUCGGCAGCCACGUGUUGAACGCGCUGCAACCGAUGCUGAUCCAAACGCUAGACGGCAAGAAUAUAACGCACAUCUGCGCUGGCCAGUAUCACAACGCCGUCGUGGCCAACGGACUCCUGUACACCUGGGGAUGGGGCAUAUUUGGACAGUUGGGUCAUGGUUCGGUAGCGGACAGUUCCAAACCGAAAGUCGUCGAAUUUUUCCGAAAGAAGAAUGUACAGCAGAUUUCUCUGGGUCACGCCCAUACUCUGGUGCUGUGCAAGGAAAACACCGCCAAAAACGUACUGUACGUGUUCGGUUCGAACCAUUACGGUCAGCUGGGCCUGGGACAGGACGAUCGCUUCAACGCCACCGUUGACACCCGCAAUGGAAAGUCUUUCAUUUUGUCGUUGAUUCCACGUCGGUUGGAUUUUGACGAGGAACUGACUCUGAUCAGUACUAAUUUGUUUGUUAAUCUGGCACUGACCGAAAGUAAUAAACUAUACACCUGGGGAUCGUCUCCGCAAGCGCUUCGUCUAGCGAACCAAGCUAGGAAGCGAGCUCGGUCAGCGCACAAAGUUCGCUCAACACUUGGAGGGGCAGCUGGAACCUCAAAGGAUAGUUCCGACGCUCAACAACAACAACAACAACCAGCAGCACAGAGCAGUGAAAUGCCAUCGCCUUUAGCAGAAACGCCUUCGGACGACGCUGCGGUGAAGACUCCCGAUGAAGGCAAGGAUGUCCCGGUAACUCCAGCGGUACCGAUUCCGGAUAUUAAAAUCGAGGACACCGGGGCCGCAGAAGAUGCCAGCAAACGUGCCGAGUCUGCCGCGGAAAACAGUGAGGAUCAAGCCAAUACGGGCGAGGAGAUUGCUGAACAUCUCAUCCCGACGCUGGUCGAUACAACGCUGGUACAGGAUGACAUCGUUAGGGUUUCCACCGGCUUGUAUCACUGUGCCCUGGUGACGGCGCGAUCGCACAUCUACACCUGGGGUAAGAACAUUGAGCGGCAGCUUGGCCGGGAAGGCGGUCGCAACGAUGUGCCUAUUCCGACUCGACUGGAUUCGCUUGUCGGAGUUGAGUACGUGGAGUGUGGUUCCGAUUUUACGCUAGUAAUGAUGGAGAAUGGAACGGUACGUUCCUGGGGUAACAACAGUAUGGGCCAAUGUGGCAAGGAUGUUAAUGCCGAACGGAGCGGAAUGCCGGGAAAAUUGGUCCGAUUGCCGAUAUCGAACCGGUUGGUAAGGAUCCCGGAUAGUUCGCAGUUCAUCGAGCUACCGCACGAAGUAAAGCUCCCUCAGAUGGAUGAAUCCCUAGGGUGGGAUGCGGGAGUUAGUCUGCGGCUGAUCAAGUCGAUGCCCAAGUUUAGGAGGGGUUUUGUGAUCAAAAGUUCAUUGGAGAAAAUCAUUAGCAAUAAUAUUUCGACUAUGAGUUCAAGUUUAAAUGACGUUAGCAAUACGACCGAGGUGGACGAUCUUGUGGGAGAGCUGAGAACAGCUUUCGAAGGUGUUAGGCUUCAGAAUCAGUACGCUAGUACGCUGUCGUCGCUACAGUCGGUGUCCUAUGCAACCUCGCCGACCUCUUUGGCUGUCGAUGAAGACGAAGAAGAAGAAGCACUGGAAGAGAUGGACGUCGACGAAAGUGGCACAGAGUCAUCAUCCAGAUUGUUCAAUGAACGGCAUCUGCUAAGCAAUGAUUUCAUUCACUUCUGUCUGUACAUCUUCCAUGGGUUGUACAGUCAAGACACAAUUUUAGAACUAACAAAACGAUCGAACGAGUAUCACAUCAGGAUGAUGAUGUUGAAUUAUGACUACGUCGAAGCUUUCCAUUUGAUACUGGAACUGCAGUCGAGUUUCCUGUCGUCUUCCGCUUCGCCAUUCGUCGUAGCCAAAACUACACUGAAUCUGGUUCGAAUUUUCGAAUAUUUUACCAAAGACUCCAACAUUAUUCCCAUGGACACCUCGAACUUUAAGUUCUUCAUCUACAAGCUGUUCAUGUUUUUCCUUCGGCACCAGAUCAAUUUGGAUGUUUUAGAGGACUUUUUUCUCCGCAACCUGGACUACUACCUAGUGCAACUGGCCUUCGUUCUGUACUUUUCAAACACGAACAACCUGGCGGCAGGUCUUCGAUCCAACGUGGACCCGGAAACGCUCGAACUGGAACGCAAACUGCUGGACAAGUUCAACAACAACGGCAACAGUCUGUUCAGCACCGAAACGUUCGCCGGCGGAUCAAUGGCUGGCGGCGCCGGAGCAGGUCGAGUUCAUCGUCGCCUGGAAAAUACCGAAAACAUCUCCCGAGCUCUGUCGACCAAGUUCAGCGUCACUCUGUGCCAGAAGCUGAUCGAACACUUCGAGCGCUUCAAAUGACCCGUUGAGCCGUUGGGAUGUGCCCGGGAUAACGAUUGGCCUAGGUCACGCUAGUCACCGUAGUUCGAUAUGUUUUUUUAUUAGGUAAAUCGUGUGCAAUUUUUCAACGAUAAAUAGACAAAGUCGGACUCCGUCUCGAUCGAAAUUAUUUUCUUACAUUAUACAACUCGUUUAUGUUACCCGAUUUAGGGGUCAAAUUUUGAUCGUCUUAUAGUGAUGAAGCUCUAAUUUUCAAUUGUACUACUUAUAUCUUUUCGAAGCGUACUUCAUAUUUAGAAAUUUUACAAUUAAAUCAAGCGUAUUUUGUGCAAAGUACUUAAAUCAUCAUCAGCCGUCACCAAAAACUAAACUAAACUGAACGUGUGUUUUAUAACAUUAAACAAAAAUAGCUUCAUUAUUAUUUAUUGGUAGAUUAUAGCUUAACAAAUAAAAAAUAAAAAUAAUAUUAUCCACUUCAAACAAGAAACAGAAAAACAAGUUCUGGAGUUCAUCAGUUAGGAUUUAAGUCAGCUUUAAACGUAGAUUCCUCUAAGUUAGGUCAGCGAUGAUCGAAGAUCUAACAACAAGCAACUCAUUCUGAAUUGUGACAUAAAACAGUAGAUCAAACUUCUAUCGGUAGGAGAAAAAAUCAGGCGAACAAUGUUUCUCAAAGAAUAAAACAGAAAAAAAAAACUGAUGAAAUUGUAAGACUGAAAGUUAAAACCACUACACGUUGAUAUCGCAUUGAAAACUUGCGCUAAAGUGAUCUACAAAUCAACAUUUUUGAAUGAAUGUCUUAAUAUGUUUACUUUUUUUAUAGAAGAGGCCACCUGAGUGAGAACUUGUUUCUGUAACGUUCGAAGUAGAAGUAGAUUGCUAUUCGUUUAAUAAAUGUGGAUGUUAGUAGACAAAUAGAGGUACAACUUGCAACUGAUGUCCAAUGAUUAGAAUUCAUCUAUUUUAGUUUUCCAAAAUCGUGCUGAUCCCUGUUGGAAUUUUAAAAAAUUCUAAAUUUAUACGAAUACCAUUUGGUUUGAGUAUGACUUCUACGACUUUUCAACCCAGAAGUUACCUAACAACUGCCACUCUGAUGGCCAAAUAUGAUAUUAUGAUUCAAAAAUAUGGGGUGGUGCACACAGGAAAACUGUCUUAGGAAAAACGUUUGUAAAACUAGAGGUCGAACAAAAGCAAAAAGCAGUUGCACAAAUAAAAAGCUUUUUCUUUAAGCACUUGAAGGAUAAAUUAAAUAAAAAACACACAAAACUGCUUUUUAAAACUUUUGCGAAGAAUGCAUAUUCUGUCAAACAAGCAUAACUGUCACCGGAGAUGGCAAUAAGAAGUUACUAAAUGCUUUGUAAAAUGUCCUUAUUCUUUGUUAUUGAUAGAAAAGCAAGCAAGCAAGUUUAAAGCAGCAGCAGCAAAGUGAUAACUAUUGAUUGUGCUUAGUGAAAUAGGAUCAAUGUCCCAUUCACACAUACUACACAUGGUGGAUCCAUACAUACACAUAAUAUUAGCGUUAUAAAAUAUACAACACUAUUACAUCGUAAAACUACUGUAAUAACCAAAUCUGUUUAGAGUCAACCUUUUUUUU